AUGACCAGCCACCCUAUGCUGGCUGAAGACCCUAUGCUGGCUGAAGACCCUAUGCUGGCUGAAGAGUGGAACUGCCGCUCGUCAACCCGGUUACUAUGGCGUCACAACGCAAGCUGCGGCGAGGUGAAAACCGGGGAGCAUUCCGAUGCGACUCCAGUCGUCCACCAAGCGUCCCAUCGCGGCCGGCACAGUUUUGCCAAUGCGGCAGCGAGUACGAACCGAGCCCAGCGCCGCGUCGUCCGGUGCAACACGUCUCAUACCAAGCUACCCUCGUACCCCAGGCCAGGCCAAAUGCCCGCCGCCCUCGCCUUUCUUCGUUCCCAGUCGUAUCGAGAUUCGACAAUCGAAAGUCCCUGCAACCACGCGCCCGGCCCAGGCUCCGCCCUCUCGGGACUGCAGCUCUUCCGCGGGACAUCCAAUGGCCAAAAUCAGGGUCAACAUCGCCAUCGUCCAUGUCGGUCGCAGCUGCAAGCGCAAGCGCCCGCCCUUAACGCCGGCGAGGCAAACAACGGGAAGCCAGCGCUUAGCAUCCUCCCAAGCUCAGCUCUCGACCGGAGACAGCCGUCGGCCCCCAACCUCCAGCUCCCGGACCUUGAGGUUUGA